GCUGCUGGCAGCGCCAUGGAGACGGUGCAGCUGAGGAACCCGCCGCGCCGGCAGCUGAAAAAGUUAGAUGAAGAUAGUUUGACUAAACAACCCGAAGAAGUGUUUGAUGUCUUAGAGAAACUUGGAGAAGGGUCCUAUGGCAGUGUGUACAAAGCUAUUCACAAAGAGACCGGUCAGAUUGUUGCGAUUAAGCAAGUUCCUGUGGAAUCCGACCUGCAGGAGAUAAUCAAAGAAAUCUCUAUCAUGCAGCAAUGUGACAGCCCUCAUGUAGUCAAAUAUUAUGGCAGUUAUUUUAAGAACACGGACUUGUGGAUUGUUAUGGAGUACUGCGGGGCUGGUUCUGUGUCUGAUAUCAUCCGAUUACGCAAUAAGACGUUAACAGAAGAUGAGAUAGCUACGAUAUUACAAUCAACGCUUAAGGGACUGGAAUACCUUCAUUUUAUGAGAAAAAUACACCGAGAUAUCAAGGCAGGAAAUAUUUUGCUAAAUACAGAAGGACAUGCAAAACUUGCAGAUUUUGGGGUAGCAGGUCAACUUACAGAUACCAUGGCCAAAAGAAACACAGUGAUAGGAACACCAUUUUGGAUGGCUCCAGAAGUGAUUCAGGAAAUUGGAUACAACUGUGUAGCGGACAUCUGGUCAUUGGGAAUAACUGCCAUAGAAAUGGCUGAGGGAAAGCCGCCAUAUGCUGAUAUCCAUCCAAUGAGGGCGAUCUUCAUGAUUCCCACCAACCCUCCCCCCACGUUUCGAAAGCCAGAACUGUGGUCUGAUAACUUCAUGGAUUUUGUGAAGCAGUGUCUUGUAAAGAGUCCUGAGCAGAGAGCCACGGCCACUCAACUCCUACAGCACCCGUUUGUCAAGAGCGCCAAGGGGGUGUCGAUCCUGCGGGACCUAAUUAACGAGGCCAUGGAUGUGAAGCUGAAACGCCAGGAAGCCCAGCAGCGGGAGGUGGACCAGGACGACGAUGAGAACUCCGAGGAGGAUGAGAUGGACUCCGGCACGAUGGUUCGAGCAGCAGGUGAUGAGAUGGGUACUGUCCGGGUAGCCAGCGCCGCGAGUGACGGAGCCAGCACUAUGAUCGAGCACGGGGACACAUUGCCAUCGCAGCUGGGCACCAUGGUGAUCAACGCAGAGGAUGAGGAAGAGGAAGGGACCAUGAAAAGAAGGGAUGAGACCAUGCAGCCUGCCAGACCAUCUUUCCUUGAAUACUUUGAACAAAAAGAAAAGGAAAAUCAGAUCAACAGCUUCGGCCAGAGUGUACCUGGUCCCCUGAGGAACUCCUCUGACUGGAAAGUGCCACAGGACGGAGACUAUGAAUUUCUUAAGAGUUGGACAGUGGAGGACCUUCAGAAGAGGCUCCUGGCCCUCGACCCCAUGAUGGAGCAAGAGAUUGAAGAGAUCCGACAGAAGUACCAGUCCAAGAGGCAGCCAAUCCUGGACGCCAUUGAGGCUAAGAAACGGCGGCAACAAAACUUCUGAGGGAGGGAGGCCCGGCACGCCCGCCCGCACCCCAGCUUCGGUGACCUCGGGCCGCUCGCUGCUCGGGCUUGUCCGCCGACGCUCCUGCCCCGUCGUCCCUCCACAGCACCUUCACCUUCGUGAACUCAGGAAGUGCGCCGGUGGGAAGGGCUGCCCCCGUCAGCGUGCUGCCUCGCGCAUGUGUUUAAGUUGGUCAGUUAGAGUAUCUCACAGGAUUUGUAUUGGCGCUUUUAAACUCAGAGUUUUAAACCCCAGGAACAAAGACUCCAGGAUGUGAUAGCUGGGAAAGUGUUACAUGUUGUCUUGACUUUCUUCUCCCAAUAGCUUUUGAUUGUUCUUUCUGGAAGACUUUUUAAAAAUAUAUAAAUAUGCACAUAUAUAUAUAAAUUAUAACUGGAUUCCCCACCGAGUGUGGUGGCAUCUCUGUACAGGUACAGUUUUAAACAGUUGGCCUCUUUUCUGUAAGAUUAUGGUACUGUGGGACAGGAGGGCUGGUGACGCCGGGAGGCUGUCGGGGUCACUCCGCUCCCAGGACCCAAGCUCACCCUUCUGCAGGGCUGCGUUUAAAAAUUUAGGUUUGGGCCAGUUCUUCCCCAGGGUUUCAGCCUUGUGUGGGUCAUCUCUGGCUUCUGGAGCUGUGGACCAUGUCCGAGGGACAGCCUUGAGAGUCUGUGUUUACUUCUUGAGUCCCAGGAGAAGCCUGGCAUCCUCUUUGCAAACGGCCCCUUGUGGCUUCAAUGCCUUUCAUCCAUCUGCACUCUCCCGACCGCCUCGAGUCACAGCACAGAUACUGCCCAGUGCCUUAAGAGGAGACGUGACCCAGUGCAGGGACGGGCCUGCCAGGACCUCUCCACACACAUGGGGCUGUGUGCAGUCUGCAGAAGGGAAGGUGUGUCCAGAGUCCUCAUUGUUCAUGUGAAGAUCGCACGGGGCACCUUGCUCCACAUUCCUUACAGACAGGGGUAGAGGGCAUUGUUUUUGUGAUCACAUUCCAAUAUGUGACUGUUUUCCUUUUUAUUUUACUGCUGAGGGGUCUGGAAAGGAUACAUGAAUAUCAGACUGAGACCUGUUCCCCAGGAGAGCUCUAUCUGGGCCCGUGUAAUGCCAGGGCUGGAAGGGACCCCAGGUAUCAUCUGGCCCGACUGAGGCUCGGAGAGGGGAAGGGACAGGGUGACCAAAUCACAAAGCAAAUUGAAGUAAGAGGUGGGACGAGACCAUCGCUCCUCCUGGGCCACUAAUCCAAGCGUUCCCUUUCCCAGGGGGAGAAACCGGUGUCAGUUUGGGUUAAGUUGUCCCGGGGCGCCCUACCAAGGGCGGCUUGCUCGUACUUGGUUUCAGCAGUGGAUGACUGGCUAGGGUGGGACCCCCAGGGAAAGCCAGACGGUUCGGGCUCGACCAGUCCGUGACUCUGCAGCCUCUGCCGGACAGCGGACCGCACCACGCAGGCGAUCUGGGGCCUCGGGCGGAUCCAGAGGGCUUCACAGAAACCGCACUGAGCCAUCCCUCUGCAGCACUGGCUCGAGGCCGCAUGGCGUGUAGUCACACGGCAAAGAGGAGACAGCAAAGAAAGGCAAAUGUCUGCUUAUUUUUUAAUGUCUCUUCCCCUCAGGUGGGGAGCUCUGACUGGGCUGCACCUAAAGAUAGUGUAAUUUGACUCCAUAAUUGCUUUUGCUUCCCAAACCUAGGAAUCAAUGGAAUGGCAGGGAAUGUUCCUCUCUCUUCUCUGGCCAGAUUCUGGUCUUUGCAAUUAAAGCCAGUUUUUUAAAAAUGUGAGAGGCCGUGGUUGGUCUGCAGGGUUUGGCCAGUUAGGCAGCUACAGAGAACAGAGGAUCCCACUAGAAGGAUUGAUGGCAGCUAGCAUUCACUGACCACUUAGUAUAUGCCCGGCACUGAGCUAGGUCGGUGGGCUUUUUAUAGAUGUCCGAUCCAAACCUCACCACAACUCCCAAGUUAAGUACUUGAUCUCCGCCUCAUAGGUGAAGGAGUAAGUUCAGAGAGAAAAAGGCAACGUGUCUCCCGGGGCUGUACGGCUAGUGAGUGGCAGAAUCAGGAUUCAUGGCAUCACCACGUGCGACCAGUAUUUACAGGGAAGAGGAAAAUAACAAGUCUUUAAAAUGAAGUGACUACCUUUUCUUGCACAGAAGAGAUAACUCCAACGGGCAGUUUUAGGUUGGGAAAUGGCUGAGUUAGUGGUCAAGUCUGACAGCCAAGUGAGCCCCACCAACCUCAGCACGGAGCGUGCAUUCCCCCACACCAUCUGCUGUGCUCGCGAGCAGGCCUGCCUCAGCCUCUUCCAUUUUAGAAAGGACUUUGCACUUGGCCAGACAGGAUGGGAAGUGCCCAUUUCUUCCUUCCUAAGCUAGAGCCAAGUAAAAGAAAGUUUCAGUUUUUCCCCGUAAAUAUUCUUGGGUCAUGAAUCUUGAUCCGGACUUGAUUCUGUUCCAGGCCUAUGUGCACCCGCCCAUGCGGGCCCAGCACAGAACACCGCUCCCCAGUCUCACUGGACAGAGCCUCUGGCCAGGAGUCCAUUUCUUUGGCGCAGGUCCAUUUCCUGACACAGUGUAUUUGUGUCCUGGUGAUGGACAGGCAGAGGGGUGAGUCCUGGUUGUCUUUCCCAGGAGCACUAGCUUCCGGAUAAGUCCGAGAGCUCUCCUUGAGCCUUGAGCUUCAGCAUCUGCGACUUGAGCUCCCGGGGAACCCUGUGGCCCUCACCUCGUCUCUCCUUUUAAGAAACAAUGACCCACACCUAAUUGUGUCUUUAAAAAAAUCUCAAAUUCUCUAAGGAUAUCUUGAUUGCUUCCUCAUCAGUAAUUCUGAAGCAGAUUUCUAUUUUUCUUUUUCCUUUGUCCUUUCUCCCAACCACCAGCUGUGUGGAUGGAUAAAUAGAUAGAUAGGUAGAUAGAUGGAUGGAUGGAUGGAUGAAUGUUUGGCUGGCUGGCUGGCUAGACAGACAGAUGGAUAGAUAGGACCAGUACGCUGAAGUGAUUUAAGAGCUAUAGCUUUGAGUCCUUGAGACUGUAUAUUCUGACCCAGGAAACAAUUAUUUAGCAGCUGCCAGAUGCCAGAGACUUAUUAUACCAUUAAAUUUCAAUAGCUCUUACCAAUAGCAGAAAUGAGAGCAGUGACAUCACUCUAGCUCCUACAGAUAUUAAAAGGCUAAGAACAAUGUCAUGAACAACUUUAUGCUAAUAAAUUCAGCAACUUGAACAAAAUGGACAAAUUCCCUGAAAGAUACAAAACACCAAAGCUCACUCCAUAGAUAAUUUGAAUCGCCCUCUGUUCAAACUUAAUAGCUCUGGGAAAUCUAGGUAUUAUGGUCCUCCUUUUACAGAGAAGGAAACUGAGGCUCAGAGAGGCAAAGUCUGUCGCUCAAGGUCGUGCAGCUAAAAUACGGCGGAGCUUGGAUUCCAGGGCAGGUCUGAUUCUGAUUCUAGUGCCCUUUCCAGCAGAUACCACGUUGCCUCUAAAGAUCGCAGCUCCUCAGCCUCCCACCCCGUCCUUCCUUACACACUGUGUGUUUUCAUCAGGAUUAUAUUCACUGUAUUUAGAUUCUGUGUUCUUUUUUGUGUUUGGGGAAAAAAAAAAUCUCUUCCACCAGCUUGCUCUCGAACCAACUUGGAAAAAGCUUAAAUGCUAUUGCUGAUGUACAACUUAAAAAUGUGAAGUUUGUAGCUUUAACUUUUUGUAAUGAAAACUAAUAACACUGGCUGAAGUGCUGACUUGAAAUGCUAUUUUAUAAAGUUUGGAUGUAAAUAAUCAGUCAAGGUCAGCAGUUCGUGUAUGUCUGAGAGAUGGCUUCCUCCCUGCACCCCACCCCCUUUUUUUUUUUAAAUUCGAGGUGCUUCCUGUGUGCUUUUAUGUUAGAAUUUGUUGUUCUCCCUACUUCCUACACAUUGCCACCUUUGUUUUAAAUAAACUGUCCUUUGGAA